AUGAGAACAAUAAUUAUUAGGUAAAAACAACUAUACUAUUCUAUUUAUAAAAAAAUUUCCUAAAAAAGGGAACUUAUCACAAUGCAUGAUAAUGGCACAUUUAUUUCUUAUGUUAAAAAUAUGUAAAUUGACCUUUAUGAUUAAUUGCCAAUUUCAUAUUAUGAAUGCAAUGAUCCAAAAAUUAUGAUUAUGAUAACGAAACUUGAUCAGGUUUAAUAAAAUCGAGGAUAUUGGUAACAAUUUUACUUUAGAAGAAUAAAAAUGCAUACUUCGACUCAAUUGAAAAAAAGAGAACUUGUUAUGUUGAAACAACGAUGCUAUGAAGCUUUUUAUUCAGCUUAGAUUAGAUAAAUCAAAAUCAAUGAAUUGGAGGCUAAUGAGAGUGUCAAAAAGACAACAAAUAAGAGUCAGACAAAAGUUACACACAAGAAAAGUGAUACUAAUUUGUAUAUAGAUAUUAAAAACUUAUUUUCUCUAAAUUAAUUUUUAACAUAUAUGCAUAAGAAUCAAAUUCAAAAUACGAAUACUCGCAAACCAUCUAAUAGUUAUUUAAAAACAGAGUUUAGUUGUUCAUCUCAGACUAAAGAUUUGAGAUUUACAACUGAACCAUCCCCUAAUAGAGGAAAUAAAGAAAAUGUUGUUAAACCAUCUUAUCUUAAAGCAACUCUCCAAAAUCAUUUAAUCAAGUAAGAUAGAAAUAUCACUCCAAAUGUUGCCAAAAGUAGUGUUAUAAGUUUGUUUCUUAAAUAGAAAUAAGAGGAAUAGCCAACUGAAAUAAAAAUGAAUUCUUGCCAAUAACACAAAAAGAAAUUGAAAUACGAAAUCAAUUAAUAAUCAAUGUGCAGUAAAUGCGCGAUCGACUAUGCCAUUCAAUUUGGAGUGCCUAUACGUUAUAAUGAUUUCGAGAGAAAAAUGCUUACAUUUGGUUAAGAUGAAGAACAUGAGGAAUUCCAGACAUUUACAUAAAAUACAUCUAAAGAACUUUAAUACAUCUCAAAUAUCUAAACCUAAUCCGAUGGGAUCAUAAAAAAGAAGGAGUUAAAAGAUUUUAUUGUAAAGGUUGGAGAUGUUAUCAGUUAAAAUAUGUAAUUUCUAAAAGUAAUACAACAAUAAUCUAUGACAUAUGAUAAUCCUAGACAAUAAGUUAAUAAAAUCUUAGAUGAACUACAAAUAAUAAGUAGGACACUUCUAAAUGAUUUAUUUGAUAAAUAAUCAACAAAAAGUCAAGGUUCUUUAAGUAUUUCUAAUGAUCUUCCUCAAUAGAUUAAUCUCAAUAGCUUUAAAUCAGUUGUUAAUCAAUAAAUAAAUGAUCUCUAAAACAUUAAAAAGGAUAUCAUGGAGAACGUUGAUAAUAUCAUCACUUAGAUGGAUGUGGCUCCUUUCAAAAUCAUAAUAAAUAAAUAUAGCGAGAAGUUAAAAUCUUUUGAGGGUACUUUAUUUGAAAUCUAAGAAUAAUUUAAAUAACUUCCCCAAUAGUGUGAACAAAGUAGUCUUACCAAAAAAAUGAAAGAUUUGACUUUUAAGAAAAAAUUAUCUAAACUAUUUACUGAUCUAUUGGAAAGUUCAGUAUAAAAAAUAAACUAAUUACCAGAUUAAGUUAACAAUAAUACUAAGUUUAUAUAAUUACUAUAAAAAGUCAAUAACAAUUAGAAUACCAACACAAUCUUCUAUUCAUCUAUUUUAAAGGAUAUUCAUUCUGAUGAAAAACCUAAGCAACUAAAAGCUAGAUAUAAACCUACUGAGUGA